CCAGCACGGAGCCUCGCCUGGCCGACCGCUGCGCCGUGCACUCUUCUUGGGGACUGCACAACAUUCCUGUGAAAUAUAACUGCUUUUAAUGGCAUGUGGCUUGUAACUUUACUUCUGCUGUAUUCUUUGCAAGAAGUCAACAGUGAGGAUGUUGUCUCUCCGCGGCUGUACUUUGUGAACGCCUCCCUGCAGCGGGUGACCUUCUCCAGCUCGGUGGGGGUGUCCCUGCCCUGCCCUGCGGGCGGCGCCCCCCAUGCCGUCCUGCGCUGGUACCUGGCUGCCGGAGACGACAUUUACGACGUGCCCCAUAUCCGCCACGUGCAUGCCAACGGCACCCUCCAGCUCUACCCAUUCUCUCCCUCCGCCUAUAAUAGCAUUAUCCAUGACAACGAGUACUUCUGCACUGCUGAGAACCAGGCAGGAAAGAUUCGAAGCCCCAGCAUCCACAUCAAAGCAGUGUUCAGGGAGCCCUACACAGUUCGUGUGGCCGACCAGCGCUCCAUGCGGGGUAAUGUCGCCGUUUUCAAGUGCCUCAUCCCCUCAGCCGUCCAGGAGUACGUCAGUGUCGUGUCCUGGGAGAAAGACACCGUCUCCAUCGUCCCAGGUAACCGUUUCUUCCUGACCUCAUUUGGCGCUCUGUAUAUCUCAGAAGUGCAGAAGGAAGAUGCUCUGUCCACCUACCGCUGCAUUACAAAGCACAAGUACAGUGGAGAGACGCGCCAGAGCAAUGGAGCCAGGCUCUCUGUUAUGGACCCUACGGAGUCCACCCCGUCAGUGCUGGACAGCUUCCAGUCCGGUGAGGUGCAGGUUGGGCACAGUGUGGAGCUACCCUGCAUCGCAUCUGGAUAUCCAAACCCCACCAUCCGUUGGCUAAAGGAUGGGCGGCCAUUACCGGCAGACUCUCGCUGGACACGGCGCAUCACAGGCCUCACAAUUUCUGACCUGAGGCUCGAGGACAGCGGCAACUAUAUCUGUGAGGUCACCAAUAGCUUUGGCUCCAAAGAGGUGACAGGUCACCUCAAUGUCAUAGAGCCAUUGCGGGUCACGUUGUCCCCCAAGAACCUGAAGACGGGGAUCAGCAGUACAGUCAUCCUGUCUUGUGCCGUCCAGGGUUCCCCCCAUUUUAUUGUGUCUUGGUACCGUAACACAGAAUCUGUCCUGUCUGACCAGCACUUCUCCAUCCAGGGGGCUCACAAUGAGACAUUGUUUAUUUCUGCUGCACAAAAGAGACACUCUGGAGCUUACCAGUGCUUUGCCACACGCAAAGGCCAGACUGCCCAGGACUUCUCCAUCAUAUUGCUGGAAGAUGGUACACCCCGUAUCGUUGCCUCCUUCAGUGAGAAAGUCGUGGUUCCAGGUGAACCAUUUUCCCUGAUGUGCGCCGCCAAAGGAGCGCCUCCUCCGACCAUCACCUGGACCCUGGACGAUGAGCCGGUGGCCCGGGACCUGUCACGUGUCCGAGCCAGCCAGUACACACUCUCCGAUGGCAGCACAGUGAGCCACGUCAACGUCAGCAGUCCACAGAUUCGCGACGGAGGAGUGUAUCGGUGCGCCGCACGAAACUCGGCCGGUAGUGCCGAGUACCAAGCGCGCAUAAACGUAAGAGGUCCACCAAGGAUUCGGCCGAUGAAGAACAUCACUGCAGUGGCAGGAAGAAACACGUUCAUAAACUGUCGUGUUAUUGGGUACCCUUAUUAUUCAAUCAACUGGUACAAGGAAGGGCUCCUGUUGCCUGACAACCAUCGCCAGGUGGUGUAUGAGAACGGGACUCUGAAGCUCAGUGAUGUUCAGAAGGGGAUGGACGAAGGGGCCUAUGUCUGCAGCGUACUCAUCCAACCGCAGCUGUUCAUCACACAGACAGUUUAUGUCACUGUCAAAGUUCCUCCACUGAUCCAGCCAUUUGACUUUCCACCGACUUCCAUCGGUAAAUUGAUGUACAUUGCUUGUGUGGUGUCAUCUGGAGACAUGCCCAUUCGCAUCACGUGGCGCAAGGAUGGCCAGGAGAUUGUGCCUUCCUCGGGUAUCACCAUCGACACAAAGGAGUUCAUGAGCUCCCUCCAGAUAUCCAAGGUGUCACUCAAACACAACGGCAACUACACCUGUAUCGCCAGCAAUGAUGCUGCCACUGUAAGCACUGAGAGGCAGCUCACUGUAACAGUGCCUCCUCGGUUUGUGGUGCAGCCCAACAACCAGGAUGGGAUCUAUGGGAAGGCAGGGAUCCUCAAUUGUUCAGUAGAUGGAUACCCUCCUCCCAAAGUCAUGUGGAAGCAUGCCAAAGGUACACUAGCGGGUAUUGGGAACCCACAGCAGUACCACACUGUGCCUCUGACGGGCCGUAUACAGAUCAUGAGUAACGGCUCUCUACUCAUCAGACAUGUCCUGGAAGAGGAUCGGGGCUUCUACCUCUGUCAGGCCUCCAAUGGGGUGGGCUCAGACAUCAGCAAGAGCAUGGUUCUCACUGUUAAGAUCCCGGCAAUGAUCACCAGUCACCCAAACACUACCAUGGCUAAGAAGGGUCACGUGAAGGAGCUGAACUGCACAGCCAGGGGAGAAUGGCCCAUCAUCAUCCGCUGGGAGAGAGGCGACACUGUCAUUGACCCUGACCGCAACCCUCGGUACUCAAUUACCACCAGUCCCAAUGAGAAGACCGACGAGGUUUUGUCGACACUCAAGCUAAAGCCAGCAGAGCGUGAGGAUUCAGUCUUCUUCUCCUGUCAUGCUAUCAACUCUUACGGAGAAGGACGAGGCCUUAUACAGCUCACUGUGCAGGAGCCCCCAGACCCUCCAGAGCUAGAGGUGCGAGAAGUGAAAGAUCGUAGUAUGAACCUCCGGUGGACACAGAGGUUUGAUGGAAAUAGUGUCAUUACCUCCUACGAUAUAGAGUAUAAGAACAAGACAGAUUCAUGGGAGCUGAAGCAUGCCACUCGUAAUAUUUCCCCCACCAACAAUCAGGCGAACAUAGUGGACCUUCACCCUGCCUCAGUCUACAGCAUCCGCAUGUACUCCUACAAUGCUAUAGGCAAGAGCGAGUCCAGUAAAGAACUCACCAUUAGCACAGAGGAAGCUCAGCCUGAUGGUCCUCCCAUGGAAGUGAUCCUGCAGCCAGUAACCUCUCAGAGUAUCAGAGUCACCUGGAAGGCUCCCAGGAAGGAGUUGCAAAAUGGGGUGAUCCGGGGUUAUCAGAUCGGUUACAGAGAGAAUGGUCCGGGUAGUAAUGGCCAGUACAGCAUUGUGGAGAUGAAGGCCACAGGAGACAGUGAGGUGUACACACUGGACAACCUGAAGAAGUUUGCUCAGUAUGGUGUGGUUGUCCAGGCCUUCAACAGAGCCGGCACCGGGCCAUCUAGCUCAGAGAUCAACGCUACAACACUAGAAGAUGUGCCCAGCCAGCCCCCUCAGAAUGUGCGAGCCAUUUCUGUAACAUCUGACGAGGCCGUAAUCACAUGGGCUGAACCUCCCAGGAUGACACUGCAUGGUGUCUUGAAGGGAUACCGUGUCGUGUUUUGGGCUGUCUUCCCAGAUGGAGAGUGGGGUGAAAUGCAAAAUAUCACCACUACCAAGGAGCAAGUGGAGCUCAGAGGCCUGGAGAAGUUCACCAACUACAGCAUCCAGGUGCUGGCCUACACCCAGGCUGGUGAUGGAGUCCGGAGCAAUGUCCUUUAUAUCCAGACCCGCGAAGACUACCCUGGACCCCCAGCUGGCAUCAAAGCUGUGCCCUCCUCCGCCAGUAGUGUCGUGGUGUCCUGGUUACCCCCCCACAAGCCAAAUGGAAUCAUCCGCAAAUACACCAUCUACUGCUCCAGCCCCGGGUCAGGCCAACCGAUGCCAAGCGAGUAUGAAGCCAAUCCAGAGCUACUAUUCUACAGAAUCACCCAUCUUAACCACCGGCAGCAAUACCUGAUCUGGGCUGCAGCUGUCACCACUGCAGGCCGGGGUAACUACAGCGACAAAGUCACUGUCGAGCCAGCAGCCAAGGCCCCAGCUAAGAUCCUAUCAUUUGGGGGUACAGUGACUACUCCCUGGAUGAAGGAGGUGCGACUGCCCUGUAGCUCAGUAGGAGAACCAACACCUACCAUAAAAUGGACCAAAGAUAGUGAGGACACAGCCAUCCCAGUUUCUCUUGACGGACAGCGUCUCAUUCUUGCAAAUGGCACACUGGUGCUGCGCUCUGUCAAAGCUGAAGAUUCUGGUUACUACACCUGCACGGCCACCAACACGCUAGGCUUUGACACUAUCAUAGUCAACCUUUUGGUACAAGUCCCUCCAGACCAGCCUCGUCUUACUGUCUCCACCACCUCCACCUCCUCCAUCACACUAGCCUGGAUACCAGGAGACAACGGAGGCAGCUCUAUCAGAGGUUUUGUGCUGCAGUACUCUGUCGACAACACAGAGGAGUGGAAAGAUGUGUUCAUCAGUUCUAGUGAACGCUCCUUUAAACUGGAUAAUCUGCGCUGUGGCACCUGGUAUAAAGUCAAGCUGGCUGCCAAAAACAGUGUUGGAGCCGGACGCAUCAGUGAGAUCAUUGAGGCAAAGACACACGGGCGAGAGCCCCAGUUCAACAAGGAUCAGCCAGUCUUCACCCACAUCAACUCCAGUCACGCCCGCCUCAACCUGCAGGGUUGGGCCAGUGGAGGUUGUCCAAUCAGCGCUGUCACACUAGAGUUUAGACCAAAGGGUACAUGGACGUGGCAGAGUGUGCGUACCAAUGCCACCACAGAUGUUUUCCUGGCAGAGCUGCGUGAGGCCACCUGGUAUGAACUGAAGAUGAAAGCCUGUAACAGUGCUGGCUGUGGUAACCAGAGCUCCCAGUUUGCAACACUUGAUUAUGAUGGCAGCACAAUCCCUCCAAUCAAAUCUCCCCUGGAAAAGAAUGACGAUGUCAAGAAGCUGUUUUCGAUUGGCUGUCCUGUGAUCUUGGUCACUCUUGGUGUUGCACUCCUCUUCAUCAUUCGCAAGAAACGCAAAGAAAAGAGGCUAAAAAGACUAAGAGAUGCCAAAAGCCUGGCAGAGAUGUUGAUCAGUAAAAACAACCGCAGCUUUGACACCCCAGUGAAGGGACCUCCUCAGGGCCCACGGUUACACAUCGACAUCCCCAGAGUGCAGUUGCUAAUUGAAGACAAAGAGGGCAUCAAGCAAAUCGGUGAGGACAAAGCCACCAUCCCUGUGACAGACACAGAGUUCAAUCAAACUGGGAAUCCUCAGAGCUUCUGCACAGGUGUAUCUGUCCAUCACCCCGCUCUCAUCCAGAACACCGGUCCUUUGAUUGACAUGUCAGACAUCAGGCCAGGAACCAACCCAGUGUCAAGGAAGAGUGUUAAAUCGGCCCACAGCAUCAGGAACCGCUACUCCAGUCAGUGGACUCUGACCAAGUGUCAAGCCUCCACGCCAGCUCGCACUCUCACCUCAGACUGGCGCACAGUUGGCUCCCAGCAUGGCAUCACUGUCACAGAGAGUGACAGCUACAGCGCCAGCCUCUCACAGGACACAGAUAAGGGUCGCAACAGUAUGGUGUCGACAGAGAGCGCCUCAUCCACCUACGAGGAGUUGGCAAGAGCAUAUGAGCAUGCCAAGCUGGAGGAACACCUGCAGCAUGCCAAGUUUGAGAUUACAGAGUGCUUUAUCUCUGACAGCUCAUCUGACCAGAUGACCACAGGUACCAAUGACAAUGCAGACAGCAUGACGUCCAUGAGCACACCGUCAGAGCCUGGUAUCUGCCGUUUCACUGCCUCGCCACCCAAACCCCAAGACUACGAUCGUGGCAAGAAUGUAGCCGUGCCCAUUCCACACCGCGCCAAGAGUGACUACUGCAACCUACCCCUCUACAUGAAGUCAGAUCCCUUCUUCCGAAAGCAGUCGGAGCAUCAUGACCCAUGUCCAGUGGUUCCACCACGUGAAGCCUCUAUUCGUGGCCUGGCCCAGCGGGCAUACCACACCCAGGGCCGUCAUGUGACUAUGGACUCUGCAAAGCAGCAGGCCCUAACCAUGGGCCACUCUGGUCUGUCCAACCUCACUUCCUCUGGGGCUUCCUCUGGAGGAGCCACAGGCGGUUGUGGUGGAGGUAGUGGGAGUGGAGUGGCAUCUGCUAGCUCUAGCAGCUCCACACUUCCCCUGAGGACUCUCACCAUGCCUGGAUCCUCUGCCUCAGUGGCCCAAAGUGCAGCGGCAGCUGCUGCUGCUACUGCUGCUGCAGCUUCUGGGGCAUUAUCAUCCUCCGGUGGAUGUGGGGCAGUAGGGGCCACAGGAGGGACCCCUGGAGGUGCCUCCUCAUCCUCCUCCAAGAUGGGAGGAUCCAGAGACUCUCUCCUUGAGAGCAGCUCCUCGGGCUUAGGCAGACUACAGAAGCAGAGGGAUGGAGGGGCAGGAGCCUACUCCAAGUCCUACACACUGGUGUAG